CGGGGGUGCAAUAACGCACAGUGCGCCGCGCCCCAUACGGCCAUCGCGUGGCUCGGGGCGUGGCGCUUACGUAAACACGCGCCGCCGAGCACAGAGACCUCCCGAGCCAAGCCAUCGUCCGUCCCAUAACGACCCUAUGUCAUCCCGCUGCCUUCUGUUUUAAUGUGGAUAAAUCAAAGGAAACUGCCGCGCCGCCGUCGCUGCCACUGCCACCAUCGGUGUCCGCGCUUAUAGCAUCAAAAGUGGCGAUGCAGGCGCGUAUUUCGCUGAUGGCUUUGGCCGCGCUGGUAGCGUUGGUGGUAGCGGGGGCAGAACGCGGGGCUGGCAUCAAGAUUGGCGGCGGCGGCACGGUCGGCGGUACUGGCAGGGAAGGCACGCGAGGAGGAGGCGUCCGACUCGGUGUGGACGGUCUCCGUCGGCCCCGCACUACUCCACCGCCGCAGGCCCCUCGAGCACCCUCUGUCAUCACCGCCGCUCUCGUUGUGCCUCACAAAGCAUUUGGCGCACGUGAUUACACUCGAGCCGAGAAGGCAGCGCUUUCUAAAUUGCCGCGAAAAUUGAAACUGUUCUCGCAAGUGCGGCUCAAUAUAACGCUCUCGAUGCAAGGCCUGACACCAAGCCCGAUGUCUAUCUUGGACUCGCUCUGUAAAGAAUUUUUAGCAGUCAACGUGUCUGCCAUACUUUAUCUUAUGAAUCAUGAACAAUAUGGGCGAUCUACUGCCUCUGCACAAUAUUUUCUACAGUUAGCCGGAUAUCUAGGCAUACCGGUUAUUGCGUGGAACGCUGAUAAUAGUGGUUUGGAAAAGCAUGCUUCUCAUGCGUCUUUAAGACUUCAACUCGCUCCCACCAUAGAACAUCAGACAGCAGCUAUGCUGUCCAUACUAGAGAGAUACAAGUGGCAUCAGUUUAGUGUUGUAACAUCUGCGAUUGCCGGCCAUGAUGAUUUCAUUCAAGCAGUACGCGAGAGAGUUAGUUCCUUACAAGAUCGUUUUAAAUUUACCAUCCUCAAUGCUGUGGUUGUGAAAAAGCCGGCUGACCUCAAUGAGUUAGUAACAAGCGAGGCUCGGGUGAUGCUUUUGUAUGCAACAAGGGAAGAAGCAGCUGAAAUUCUCUCGACGGCUGCAGACCUACAUCUAACUGGAGAAAGUUUUGUAUGGAUCGUUACACAGAGCGUUCUUGGUUCCAUGCAACCACCCAACAAAUUUCCAGUUGGAAUGCUUGGUGUACAUUUUGACACAUCGAGCUCGUCGAUCAUAUCUGAGAUUGCCACUGCCGUAAAGGUGUUUGCUUAUGGAGUGGAAUCUUAUGUAUCGGAACCUGAAAACAUACGCUACCCUUUGGGAACCAGGCUGUCUUGUGACGGUGCAGACAGUGGUGAAGCAAGAUGGUCCACUGGAGAAAGAUUUUAUAGACAUUUACGUAAUGUGAGUGUAGAGAGCGAGACAGGAAGGCCUAGUAUCGAAUUCACUCCUGAUGGAGAAUUGCGAGCAACUGAAUUAAAAAUAAUGAAUUUGAGACCAACUUUAGGUGAUCAGCUUGUUUGGGAAGAAAUAGGGACAUGGAAUUCUUAUCCGAAAGAGCAUUUGGCAAUCAAAGAUAUAAUUUGGCCAGGAGGCUUGCACACUCCACCUCAAGGUGUGCCAGAAAAGUUUCACAUGAGAAUUACAUUUCUGGAAGAGCCGCCCUAUAUUAAUUUAGCACCCCCUGAUCCAGUCAGCGGUCGCUGUUCCUUGGAUAGAGGUGUCAUAUGUAGAAUUGCACCAGAGGUGGAGGUAGUUGGAAUCGAAGCAGGAGCGGCUCAUAGAAACAGUUCGCUAUAUCAAUGCUGCAGCGGAUUUUGUAUAGACCUGUUACAACAAUUGGCUGAACAGCUUGGAUUUACAUACGAGUUAGUACGUGUCGAAGAUGGUCGGUGGGGAACAUUUCAAGACGGAAAAUGGAAUGGCCUGAUAGCAGAGCUCGUCAACAAGAAGACCGAUAUGGUUCUGACGUCGUUAGUAAUAAAUUCAGACAGGGAGGCGGUGGUGGACUUUAGCGUACCUUUUAUGGAGACUGGUAUUGCCAUCGUAGUAGCGAAGAGAACAGGUAUCAUAUCACCUACAGCAUUUCUUGAACCAUUCGACACUGCUUCUUGGAUGCUUGUGGGAGCCGUUGCGAUACAGAUGGCAACAUUUUGUAUUUUCAUGUUCGAGUGGCUUUCACCAGGUGGUCUUGAUCGCUCUUUUGGACCGCUUAGUGCACAGAACAGAUUUUCCUUAUGUCGAACAUAUUGGAUAGUCUGGGCAGUAUUAUUUCAGGCAUCCGUUCAUGUUGAUUCCCCACGUGGAUUUACUGCGCGAUUUAUGACAAACAUGUGGGCUAUGUUUGCAGUAGUCUUUCUUGCGAUCUACACUGCGAAUUUAGCAGCUUUCAUGAUAACGAGAGAAGAAUUUCACGAACUUAGUGGUAUUGAUGACCCACGGAUUGCUCGGCCUAAAGCAUUUCAACCACCCCUUAAAUUUGGAACGGUGCCUUGGUCACAUUCUGAUGCGACUCUGAAGAAAUAUUUCCCUGAGCCUCACUCCUACAUGGCCUCCUACAAUCGAAGUACAGUUAGUGCAGGGGUAACAAGCAUUUUAACAGGGGAAUUAGAUGCUUUUAUAUAUGAUGGUACCGUAUUGGACUAUCUUGUAUCACAGGACGAGGACUGCAGAUUAUUGACUGUAGGGGCUUGGUACGCAAUGUCUGGAUAUGGAUUAGCGUUUACACGUAACUCCAAAUAUCUCGGCAUGUUCAACAAAAGAUUGCUAGAUCUGCGAUCGAAUGGAGACCUAGAACGAUUACGAAGGUACUGGAUGACGGGUACCUGUAAGCCCAAUAAACAAGAGCACAAAUCAUCAGAUCCGUUGGCUUUGGAGCAGUUUUUAUCAGCAUUCCUACUUCUAAUGGCUGGUAUAUUAUUGGCGGCUGCUAUACUGUUCUGUGAACAUUUGUAUUUCCGCUACGCGCGGGAACAUAUUGUCAAGUCUCAACUACAUCCUUGUUGUACACUCGUUUCCAUCUCAAUGGGACAGUCACUGUCAAUGCAAAAUGCCGUGAUGGAAGCGACUACGGACCAUGGAUAUAGAUUGGGUAAACGUGCUCAUUGUCGAUCAGCAGUCUGUGCUGCACAGAUUUGGCGGGCUCAACACGAGCGUGACGCAGCGGUGGCGCGCUCGCGGCAGUUGGCCGUGGUGCUGGCGGCACACGGGCUGCAGGCGCCGCCACGGAGACUGGCGUCAGCUGCCACGCUGCACGCCGCGGGUCGCCACGACGCUACGCACCCGCGCACCCUACAAGUGCCGGCAGACCUGCUGCCCGACCUUGACAGACCGCUCUCUUGUGACGACUUACGAGCCAGGGAGCGGACUAGAGUAGAAAUGGAAACAGUGCUGUGAGGUGCAUAUUGCGCCAUUUUUUUUUCAAUUCCUGAAGGCUGUUCUUACACCAAGUUAUAUACACGACGAAAUUAGUUGAUAUAUUUUACGUUAAAAUAAGGACAGAUAAAAUAAAGUUGUAAUUAUUAAAUAAAAUAUUCCAAUUAUUAAAUCGGAUGAACGUUGUAGAUAGCGAUGUGUUGUUGCGGACGAGCGCGCGGGGCAGGCUGGGCCUCGGGCGCGCGUCCUUGUGUUGUCUACUAAAAUAAAAUAUAUUUUUUGGACAA